CAGUCUCCUUUCUGAGACUAUCUCUCAGCCAACCAAUCCCAACUGAAAUUAAGACCUCAUCCAAAACCUUCAUAUUCUCUCUCUCCUCAUUCUCUGCCUCUGUGACACGAACAUGGCUACUGCUUCACUAACACAACUGGCCCUCACUUCAUCUUCAUCAACCUCCAUUAAAUCCAAAUUAACAAUACCAUCAUUGUUACAGUUACAUGCUCAAAAACAAGAACAACAUGGAAAGCUAGUAAUAAGAAGAGACUUACUAACGGGUAUCUCUCUCCUUCCACUUGUACUGAGUGUCCCUCCUCCUUCACUAGCUAGAGAUGUUGAUGUUGGUUCUUUUUUGCCACCUUCGCCUUCUGAUCCUUCAAUGGUUCUUUUCAAAGCUACUUCUAAAGACACCCCUGCUCUUCGCGCAGGGAAUGUAGCGCCUUACCAAUUUGUAUUGCCACCAACAUGGAAGCAAUUGCGAAUAGCAAACAUACUGUCUGGGAAUUAUUGCCAACCAAAGUGUGCAGAACCAUGGAUUGAAGUCAAAUUUGAAGAUGAGAAACAAGGGAAGUUACAAGUUGUAGCUUCCCCUCUCAUCCGUCUGACAAACAAGCUUAAAGCAACCAUUGAAGAAAUUGGAAGCCCUGAGAAGCUGAUUGCUUCCCUCGGACCUUUUGUUACCGGCAACACUCUUGAUCCAGAUGAACUCAUUGAGACUUCUGUUGAGAAGCUUGGUGAUCAGACGUACUACAAAUAUGUUUUGGAGACACCAUAUGCUCUAACAGGAACGCACAAUAUCGCCAAAGCAACAGCAAAAGGAAGCACAGUCGUCUUAGUUGUUGCCAGUGCCAAUGAUAAACAGUGGCAGACCUCCCAGAAAACUCUGCAAGCUAUAGUAGACUCUUUUCAAGUUUAGUUAUCUCCUGAAUCUUGUUAUUAUGUAUGCUACUGUAAAUCUGUAAUACUACGAAGGACUAUAAUUUAACAGAUCAGAUUCUUCA